AUGAUUGCAGUUUGGCGUGAAUUUGGACUUCCAAAUCCACGACUCCAUUCGCAACACCACCUCACACACAGCGAGAAGUGCCCGCGUCUCACAGAAGUGCAACAUCGUAGACGAUUUGCGACUCUUUUACCGACUGCGUAUUUCGAUGUGGUCUAUAAAAACGCCCUCCUCAUGCUAAAGCUGCGGACAGCAAGUCGAGUGCCAUGGUCUGUGGAUGUGGCUGUAGCUGUUGCGGUAGCAAAUGCUGUGGUUUCGACUGUGGAUGGGGAUGCUGUUGCGACUGCUGCGGAGGUCCCACCAGUAACAAUGAAUGCACGUCAUUUUGUAGGAACCGAGGCUGCGGACCCGGAUGGCAUGGCUGUGGCUAUCAAGGUGGACAUCCCUCUUAUUGUGGUUGUGCGGGCUGCGGCCAAGGCGGCCGCGGUAGAUUUUGGUGAUAAACUUAUUAACCGAUAG